AUGGCCGUCAGAUGUGUCCUUCCUAUCCCUUUAUCUGGUAAAGCUCCGCCAAAAAAGGGCCCUGAUAUAGACUACUUCAAGAUAUUUCCACCUUCACAACGCCAGUUCCUCCCUGAAGCGACGUUGGCAUCGUCCAUUGCUGAAAAGGAUCACUUGGAUACCCGCGAUUUGUCUAUAUCAGCAAAACCAAUCCUAAGGUUGGAUGCUGAUUAUCGCCUUGCUGACCCUUCAACUUAUAUAUACAGCGGUUUCACAGUGGGCGACAUUAAAGCGCUAGGUGACUUCCCUGACUAUGCAAAGCUAUCUGGGGUUCCUUUGCCUCUACCCCUGAAGGACUUCAAUGUCGAUAGUUCUCCGCCGAGACCUUAUAGACCAUUCAGAUGGCCUUACCAUCAAACAAUGUCCUUUAAAAAGCUAGAGCCUGAUUAUUGGCUCGAGCUAGAAGACACAUAUAGAGAGCGUAUCCAUCAACGCCAAUCACUUUAUAAGAAACAUGGGAAAGAAGUCUUACAGGCUUUACCUGGAUCAGAACUUACUUGCAAGGAGCUAAUGGAAAUGGUUUUGUAA